GGCAGUGCGGGUAAGAUGGAGAUCGACGCUGUCACUGAAAUGUUUGUGAGAUCGAAGGAGAAACACGGAGUUCUUUACGUGAAAUAUAUUGGAGACGGGGACAGUAAAACGUUUAGGGGAAUUUUAAAUGUGGAUCCAUAUGCAGAAGAUGAAAUUACUGUGAUAAAAAAAGAGUGCGUCGGUCACGUGGAAAAGAGAAUGGGCACGAGACUUCGUAAUGCGAAGAAACAUAAUAAAGGUAUCGGCGGUAAAGGUGCUGGAAAGUUAACGGAUAAAAUGAUUGGUGAACUCACGACGUAUUAUGGAUUGGCUAUUCGCAGACACCCAGACUCUGUCGAGGAAAUGCGGAAAGCAAUAUGGGCCACGUAUUACCACAAAAGCUCCUCCGAUAAUAAGCCGCAACACCAAAACUGUCCUCCGGGUGAAGAGAGCUGGUGCAAGUGGAGUAAAGCUGAAGCCGAAGGUACACUCGCAAGCUUCCAUCACGCUAAUCCGCCUCUUACUGAUCAAGUAUUGGAGAUAAUUAAGCCUAUUUAUGAAGAUUUGUCAUCGGAUGAAUUGUUGGAACGUUGCUUAGGAGCAGAAACGCAAAAUAACAAUGAAUCUCUCAAUUCAUUGAUUUGGACUUUUGCUCCAAAACAUCUCCAUGUUGGCGUGAAAGUUGUUGAAAUAGCAACAUUCUUGGCAGUUAUCAUUUUCAAUAAAGGAUUUAUGCCAAUUUUAAAAGUUAUGAACGUGAUGGGAGUUAAUAUUGGUCAGCAAGCGAUGAUGUACGCAAACUCCCGGAACGAAGCUCGUAUCACCCGCUCGGAGCGGCGCUCCACUAACUUCUCUCGAGACCAGAGAAUGAAUCGCAGGGAAGAGAGAUCAGCUCUGCAGGACUUCUACGAACAAGAGGAAGGUCCCCUGUAUGGCCCUGGGAUAGCCGAUUGA